CGCCCAUCCGUAGUACGUUCCCUCCCAUGCCAUAUGCCAUGCCAUGCCAUGCCAUGGACCAUGAUAUGAAAAUGUCUCCGAUAUCCCAUUAUGGCUCUUGGCAGCUAUGCGGAGUAGACAGGUUUAUAGUACAUACAGUAACUACAUGGGCGGUCUAUCACGUCUUGUCGUUUUCAACGCAACGUAGGACGACGGAGAGAGAGCCUCAUCCUCUUGAAAUAUGCAAAGUUAUAUCUGAAUACGAACCGGGCCAGGUUGACCGACUCUUUUGCAGCGGCUUGCAUUUGAAAUUCCCAACUGGGACAUAGGUUUGAACUGUUAAAUUCCUCGCUGCUCUUGUCGCCGCCGUCUCGUCUUGGGCUUUAUUUGAUUCUAAAUUUUCCCAAUCUCCCCCAUCAACACAUAACUACUGCGUAGCAGCUCAUAAACUCCCCCCCUCCACCCCCCGGUCUGGUCUAGUAAGCCAGGUUUAACCCUGAAAGGAGAAGAAUAAUUAAAAGAUCUGUGAACAUACACGUACGCAUCGCUUGGUAGCUAGCUCUCCCUUGCUGCUUCUUGGGAUAUUAUCUCUCAUGCCAUGCCCCUUUCGUCCACGCGAUUUAGAUUAAAUGGUUUCAUUCCGAAGAAACAGCAAGUCUGAUUUUAAACCCGCAGCUUGCUCUUUGUUCAUGUUGUUUACCGAACAUUCGGGCAUGCCCUCCACCACCAGCAUCAACUAAAUUUACUCGGGCUAGUCGGGCCCCGCUUGAUGCCAUUUCGGGUGCGUUUAAGGGCCUCAGUUCAACUUUUCUUGGAAUCUUUUAACUAAUCUUCAUCCGUCAACUUCGGUGACUAUGAGAGCUGCCUUUUCUACAGCACCCUCCCUCCCCCUCUCUCCCCACUACCGGAAACAGAGCACAAAUGUUUCCUGAUUAUUAUUAUUAUUAUUAUUAUUAUUAUUAUUAGUUUAUUGUUAAAUGCUUGCGGGUCGCUGUAUUCAACUUCUUUCUCUUCUCCCCCCCCGCAGCGUCUGCAACAAAUCUUUAAAUAUAGAAGAUUAAUAGAAAUACCUGUUUCGAUUUAUCAGGAGGCUAAACUUCGGCGAGAACAUAUUAUUGCCAUCCCGUGUAACGAACAGCGAAACGGCCCAGAGGUCUUAAAUUUCCAUUUUUCUAUAAAACUACGAGAUUGAUUCUUCGAUCCCUCUUUAUAUCAUAUUUCCUGGCUCCUGGCUCCUGGCUCCGGCUCCCUAUUGUGAGGUCCCGAUAUGGGACUCCAAUUAGAGAUCUCCUCCAUUAGCAUACGGAUAUCCCCAAUCCCCUAAAAUCCCUUCGUCGGCCGGCUCGCCAUCAAGCGAUUACAAUGAGGCAUCUCGAACGCUUCACAGACCUAGGUGCCGCCUCCGACCGCUCCUCCUCCGAACUCGACAAUAUCACGACCGGUACAACGAACCGCAAAGCCUCCCACGCUACUGCGAACACAACAACCCCCUUCCCGACACAACGGCAGCACUCAUUUCUCCACUCCCGCCGCGAAUCGCUCACAGCGGCCGAGCGUGCGCGAAGAAACCUCAAUGCCAAACUCGCCAAUCCGCUCGCAGGCCUCAGCCAUAGCACCCUCAUGAAGCGCGGUGGCCGCUAUGCCCGUCAGCACCAGAUUGGCGACGAGGAGGAUAUCCGUGCUUUUGAGCUGGGUGCGGUGCUGGCGCAGGCACCAGAGAAGUAUGAGAGUGUCGAGGGCUUGACGGAGAAAGAGAUGAAGGUGCUGAGGGAGGAAUUUACGAAUCGAUGGUCGCAGCCGCGACUCAUGUAUCUGGUCAUUGUUCUUUGCUCGCUCAGUGCGGCCGUUCAGGGAAUGGACGAAUCCGUCGUGAAUGGCGCACAGAUAUUCUACAAAUCGCAAUUCGGCAUUGGCGGCCUCGAUUCUCGCUCAACAUGGCUUGUCGGCUUAGUCAAUGCAGCGCCGUAUCUCUGCUGUGCUUUUAUCGGUUGUUGGCUCACCGUACCCUUUAACCACUGGUUUGGUCGACGUGGAACAGUCUUCAUCACCUGCGUCUUCUCUGCCAUCGCGUGUUUCUGGCAGGGCUUUGUGAACUCAUGGUGGCAUUUAUUCAUUAGUCGUUUUGCUCUGGGAUUCGGCAUCGGGCCUAAGUCUGCCACCGUGCCCAUCUAUGCCGCCGAGACCACGCCGCCAGCCAUUCGUGGUGCCCUUGUGAUGCAAUGGCAAAUGUGGACUGCAUUUGGUAUUAUGCUCGGUUAUAUGUCUGAUCUGGUCUUUUUCAAUGUGCACGAUACGCCCAGCGUAACGGGCCUGGGGUGGCGUCUGAUGCUGGGCUCAGCCAUGUUCCCUGCCAUGCUGGUAUGCACAUUCGUCUUUGUUUGCCCAGAGUCACCACGCUGGUAUAUGAGCAAAGGCAGCCAUUACAAGGCAUAUCGCUCCAUGUGUCGCUUGCGGUUUAUAAAAGUGCAGGCUGCACGCGACCUAUUUUAUAUGCACACCUUGCUUGAGGCAGAGGCGACGAUGAAAUUGGGCCAGGCGAAAAUCCUCGAACUCAUAACCGUCCCCCGCAAUCGUCGCGCCCUUAUCGCAUCGGAAAUUGUCAUGUUUAUGCAACAGUUCUGCGGUGUAAACGUCAUAGCCUACUACUCAUCCGAAAUUUUCCUAGACGCAGGCUUCUCCCAGAAAGCCGCGUUAGCAGCCUCGUUCGGCUUCGGCGUGAUAAAUUGGCUCUUCGCCAUCCCCGCCGUCUACACCAUCGAUACCUUUGGCCGUCGCAACCUUCUCCUCGUUACUUUCCCUCUCAUGGGCCUCUUCCAGCUGCUGACCGGCUUUUCCUUCUGGAUCCCCACUGACGGCUCCGAGACCAUGCGCAGGGCCCACACCGGCUGCGUCGCGUUGGGCAUCUACCUGUUCGGCAUCGUCUAUUCGCCGGGCGAAGGCCCUGUUCCCUUCACGUACUCUGCCGAAGCGUACCCGCUCUACGUGCGUUCGCAUGGCAUGGCGCUGGCGACGGCGACGACGUGGUUCUUCAACUUCAUCCUGGCGAUUACGUGGCCGAGUUUGAAGAAUGCGUUCAAACCGCAGGGCGCGUUUGGGUGGUAUGCUGGGUGGAAUAUUGUGGGGUUUGUGCUUGUGUUAUUGUUCAUGCCGGAGACGAAGGGGAAGACGCUUGAGGAGCUGGAUCAGGUGUUUUCGGUGCCGACGAUGGUGCAUGCGAAGUUUGGGGCCGGGGAGUUGGUUUACUACUUCCGGAGGUAUGUGUUGCGGCAGAAAGGGCUGAAGAAGGUGGAGCUUUACGAGAGGGAUGAAAGCGGGGAGAAGAGGAGGGGAAUGAGGAGGGAUCGAAGUGAAAGCGAAGGCACGGGUGCUGAUCCUGAUGCUGAGAUCAAAGUUCAUGUCAAUGGGAGGGGUCAGGAGUUGAGUGAUGAAGGGAGGUUGGAGAAUGGAUGAUGUGGAUUUGAAGUGUGAGUAUUUGCUGCUCAUGUUUUAUACCUUAUGCUUUAUGAUUUUCCUAUAUGAAUUAUCAUGCUUGCAUAUAUGGGAUGGGGUCUUUUCCUUUGUUUUAGAGAUACCUAUUUUGUUCUAUUUCUUUGCACAUAUAUCUGUCCAUUCUAUUUUCCACCAGAUGACAUUUUGGGUUUACAUACGGGCGCGGGCAAAAUCAUUAUUUUUAUCCUCCUUAUUUCUGUCCCGUUCUAGUUUAUUCGUCUGCUGGUUUACAUAUCCUAUACAUUAUUACAUAGCGCCAGUUAUAUAAUAUAGCUGCAUAACUACUAAUGGCCAACAGAACGCCUAAUUUCAUAUAUUACAAAAAGGCACGGUAUAUGAUUUAAGUGGCAGAUAAGUAAUUUAUAAAUAUUUAUUCUAUU